GCUCACGCCCCCCAACACGGAACGCCAACGGCGCCCCCCACACAAAACCGGGGGCAAAAGAAAAAAAAAAGAAGGAAGAAAAACCAAAAGAACGCCGGGAAUGGGCAAGCAGCAGCAGGCGCCACCGUCGCGGCGGUCCCCGGCGAUGUCGGCGCCUCCGCCGCCGCGGCGCCGGAAGAAGAAGGGCCGCCCGUCGCUGCUCGACCUCCAGAAGCGCAGCCUCCGCCUCGAGCAGCAGCUGCAGGAGCAGCAGCAGCCCCAGGCGCGCCGCUCCAACCGCCGGGACCCCGGCUGCGCCGACGACGAGGACGAUGACGGGCCCGCAUCCGGCUCUGGCCGCCGCGAGAAGAAGCUCCGCCUCGUCAUGGGCCUCCACGACGGAUCGGCCAAGGGAGAAAAGACUAGGAAAGCGACGGCUGGGCGUGAAGAACCUUCAGAUUCCGGGCCCACAACACCUUUGCCGAACAAAAAGUUAUUGGUCUUCAUCCUUGAUAGGCUACAGAAGAAGGACACUUAUGGUGUAUUCUCAGAGCCUGUUGAUCCUGAAGAGUUGCCUGACUAUCAUGAUAUUAUCAAGCAUCCAAUGGAUUUUUCGACAAUAAGGAAGAAGCUUGAUAAGGGGGCCUAUUCCAACUUGGAGCAAUUUGAGGAUGAUGUGUUCUUGAUAAGCUCAAAUGCGAUGUGCUACAAUUCACCAGAUACAAUAUAUUAUCGACAGGCACGUGGUAUUCAAGAAAUUGCUAAAAAGGAUUUUGAGAAUCUUAGGCAAGAUAGCGAUGCCAGUGAACCAGAACCGGAACCGGAACCAGAACCAAAGCCAGAGCCGGAACCAGAAGAACCAAAGCCACAGCCUCGUAGGGGCAGACCUCCAAACAAGAACAAUGCCAAACAAAAAGUUGGGAGGCCACCAUCAGAACAUGCUACUGCAGACUUUUCUGGGGCAACACUUGCUAAUGCUGUAAAUAGUGGGCGUCAUGCACAGCAAGAAGCAAUGAUUGCAGAUGUGCUGAGAGCUUCUUUUGCCAAUCGGAGAAAUGAGCACAACUGGUCUGGCGAGCUGAAAACAGAAAGAAUGGAAGGUUACUCAGGUUACGGGAGCAUGUGGUCCGAAAAAAUGGGAAAGAAGCCAAUUCUGAUGGAAGAUAGUCGUCGAAGCACAUAUUACGAGUCUCAACCAUCCAGUUCAAUGUAUGAUCUGCCGGUAUCGUCCUCCUACAAUGGGACGAAGAAGCUGCUAGUACCAGUCGGGGUUCAGUUGCAGCAGUCGUAUUCCCGCAGCCUGGCACGUUUUGCUGCACAACUUGGCCCUAUUGGCUGGGAAAUUGCAUCAAGACGAAUUGAGCGAAGCCUUCCUCCUGGAACAAAAUUUGGUCGUGGCUGGGUAGGAGAUGGUGAAGCACCACCAAGCUCAUUUCAGCCACCUGUACUAGCUGCAUUUUCAGAAGCAAUGGCACCACCAAACGAUGUAGUGGCAUCAGGUGAGCAACCACCUAAUAACAGUGGCCAUGCCACUGAGGGUUGGGCUGCCAGCGCAAGCCAUUUGGCAGGAUCUCAGGCACAUCCUAUGCCAUAUGCUUCUACCAGCACCGUGCAGAGGACCAAUUCUGAAGCAUUAGCAAGCCAGCAAUGUGGAUCCAUACCACAAAUUCCAAUAAAUCGAGGUGAACAUGGUGUCGAGAUGAAGGGCAGCCAUAAUAAUCUUCAUGGACACCCAGCCUUGCAGCUUACCGUGAACGGUUUCAAUGCUGUUCCAGGACCAAUGAUGUUCCCACCUGCAGCACAACUGGUGGUGAAUCAGAUGCAGACACAUACUGCUGAUUGAGUAACCCGUGGAGACCAUUGAACCAACAUUGUCAACGUUGACAUUUGGAUUGUGCUUGCUUCCGAGUCAAGGCCGCCACAGGCACCAGGCGACAAGGGCCUUCGCCGCAUCGUGCUGGUGGCCUGGUACCCGCCAACUUCAGCAUUGGGGUUUCUGGUCGCUGUUGAUCUGCCGUGCUGUGACCUGGUGCGUCUGCAAUUGUGAGCCUGUCAUGUAAUCGCAUAGUAGCUUAGGAUGAUAGCAUGCAUAGAUGUGUUGGGUGGAUUUGUUCGUAGAGGAUCUGGUUGUAACAGCGAUUGAGCUGCGGUCGGAGAUUUAGCGAUUCUGAUCUGAUGUGUAGUAGAAAAACCACAGGGGAAGGCAAACAUCUGUAUAGAUUAUUCAGGAGUUUUCAGCGUUAUGGUGACCGGUCGCAAGAUGCGACUGAGCAUGAAAUCGUGCGCCAUAGUUCGUUCGUGGUA